AUGUCGUCCUUGAAAAAUGCGCCAAGUCUCAGCCCAGCAUCACGCAAAGGCUUUUCAUCGGCGACCAUAGACUACCAUGAUGACUACAUCGCCCCAGUGGAAACGGUGGAGGGCAUGCACCACCCAUCUGGGUCCACCAGCCGCCCAAAGAAGAAGAACAAGGCUCGUGACUCCCAAAAAAAGAAAAGAACAGAGGCGGCACCAGCUUCGGAGGAAGACGAGCACAUAUCCUCCGCCUCAUCUCUGAGGAAGGCCAACGACAGCAAAGCUCUCACCACGUCGGACAACUAUGGUGAAGAAUACGCCGACGAUUUCGAGGACCUAGUAGAUAGCGACGACUACAUCCCUCCUGUCAACACGCCGCCACCCGCGGCAGCCCUGAGCCCCGUCGCCAAGCCAAAGGCGCUUAUGGCUGACGUAGAGGCAGAGGAAAAACGACUCUAUGCGACUGUGCAGGAGCAGCUCCGCCUGGAGACGGAGGAAGUAAUGCAGCGCAUCGCCAAGUGGGAAAUCGAUCAGGCACGAAAGGAAGAGGAAAUGCGUCAGCGCGAGGAAGAGCUCAAGCGGCAACUCGCUGCGCAGCAGCAGCGGGAGCAAGAGGCGCAGCGGCGCCUCAGCGACCUUGUGGAACAACAGGUCUCUCAACAGGUGGCAGCUGCAAGCACAGCAAGCAAGGUGACCAUGACACCCAUAAAUACUGCAGCGCGCCGCGAGGCCGCGAAGGCGGGUGAGUGUGACGAACCUGAGGAUGUGGAGGGAGCAGGGGCUGCGGUUUCCAAAGCGGAAUUGCAGCGCCGCCGCCGCCGCGAACACGAGCGCGCUGUCGAACUGCGCCGCGCGGAGGAGGAGGAGGCGGCGCACGCGCUCUUUCAUCGACUUGCGCAAGAUGUACGCGAGGUGUUUCAUGAGCUCAACCUCUCCGUCGUUGCGGCUGAGAAGGAGCGCCUCAUCAAAGACGAGCGCUAUCGCCGCGAGCGAGAGCUGCGUGACCGGCGCGAGGACAUGGCACGCGGGGAGAAACUAGAAAAGGAGCUGAAGGAGCGUGAGGAGCGGGAAAUGAAGUUUUGGGCCAUGGUCGAGCAGCGGGACGAGAAGUUCCGCACCUUCCUGGAAGAGCGGAUGAACAAGGAUGAGGGGGAAAGAGAGGCGCGACUGAAGCGCGACCUCGAGGACCGUGCGACACGACUGCGUAAUGAGCGGGAGCUGCGCGAGGAGAUGGACAAGAUGGACAAGGAGCGGCGCGCCAAGGCAGAGGCGGAGUCGCGUCACCACGAUGACCUCGUUCUCACAGCGCAGAUAGAGGAGGUGAGCUCUCGAUACCGUGCGCAACUGGAGGAUGUGAGGCGGCAGAUGGAGGCCGACAGCGUGCGCAAAGAUGAGCUACAGAAGGCGGAGCUCAGCAUGAUGGCGAAGCGCCACGAGGUGGUGCUGGAGCACCUACAAAGACAGCACGCGCAGCAACUCGCCACGAUGGACGGGCAUGUCGGCAACGCCAGCCGAAUCGAGGCGCUGGUGGCAACCAUGCAAGAAACCAUGGAGGCUACGAAGACCAUGAACGAGAAACUGUUGGCGGAGCGCCUGUCAGUGCUGCAGCAGAAGGAACGCCAGCUGGACGACCAGAAGGCCGUGCUGGAUGCCAUGGUGGCAGAGGUAAAAGCGAGUCAGGAGACGAUGGCGGCCGAGCGAGCCCGUGUGGCCGGCCUGUACGCCAAAUUUGAGCUCGCUUUAUCGUCCUUCAGCAAGAAUAGCGAGGAGGACCGUCGCAUAUUUCGCGAGGCCCACGCCCACUACGACACCCUUCGCCAGCAAGCGGAGAAGGAUCGUCGACUCAUGCUAAGCGAGGUGGCACAGGAGCGCAGGAUGCUUGAGCAGCAAUUUGAAGAGUUCCUCGCGAAGAAGAUGGAGGCCAUGGCGGAGCUGCAAAGCGAGCGGAUGGCGAUUGCGCGAGAGCGGGCAGAGGCGUCCAUGGUGCGGGAGCGACAAAAUCGCGACGAGACCGAUCUUCUCAAGGCUCUGCGCUCCCGUGAGGAGGAGUACAAGAUGAAGCUAGAGUCCAUUGAGUCUGACCGGGCCACAGCGUGUCACAUGAAGGACGAACACAGGCGCCUGUGCGAAGCCGCGGCCGCAGAGCGUCAGGCACUUGAGCAGGAGCGCGAGAAGUUUGAGUUGGAAAAGAAGGAGCUGCUAAGCCGCUUUGAAGCGAUUCGCCGUCAGGCCGAGGACGCUGCGAGCUCCCAGGAGCGCUUGCGGAUUCGGUUUAUGGGGGAUCGCCACGACGCCCAUGACGGAAACGGAGGUGCCGCUGGGUUGUUGUGCGGGGAGUCGCUGGUGUGCAGCGCAGCGUCCCGCCUUCAAAUGGAUUUAGCACGGCAGCGUGCAGUUCUCCAGAACAUCAGCUGA